AUGUCUAACAAUCUAGUUCUCAAACUCCGUACCAGAACCCAGACCAUGCGAGUUAGGGUUGACUCCGAGAAACUGGCCGAUAUGUACCAGAUCAAAGACUAUAUUGAGCAGUCUUGGACUCAGUUGAAGGGCAAAGACUACCGUGUCUAUUAUGUAGAUGAGUUCGGAGAGAUGUGCCUCCUGAAUGAUCUGUCUUUGGGUGAUGCUAUUGCAACGGUACAAGAGCUCAAUAUGUCGGCUAAGAAUAUCCCUGUGUUGGAUUUGUUCAUCCAGGCUGAAGGGGAAGAG